AGGAAAAAUUUCAAAUGGUACCGAGUAAAAGCAAACGAAGUUCAUUGUUUGAGUUUGCUUCGUACUAGGAAUAUGUACAAUGAGGAAGUUACAGAGAUUAGUCGUAAUUUUGACACCUUUGUUCCUUGCGAAUGCUGAAACACUCGCAGGAGCAAAGCCCAGUUUUCGGAUACUAGCCCCGGAGUUCAUCUGUGGACAGACGAAAACUUCGAAUACGAACGAAACUGGAAGUGCGGUUCCUCAGCAAAUCACCAUAGGUCUGCAGACGAAGGGAGGUCAAAGGUUACGCUAUGAUGUGAAGGUGCACUUCGCACUGUUGAAUGGGAUCGUUAGUCAGCACCACACGUUAAUGCUCUGGAAGAGCGUUCGUCGACUGGAGAAGCGGUUCAAGACGGAACGGGAAACGAUUUCGGACGGCAAUCAGAUUACGAUUCCCAACGAAGAAUUGGUGCCAGGAGUUGUUUACACCUUUAACAUACUUGCCAUCGAUGGAAACGGAGCCGCUAGUCAGGAUCAGAACUUCACGGUGACCUAUCGGGGCAAGAACGCUCAGGCUGCGCUGGUUCAGGAUGGUUCCACAUCCACUGGUGAUGUUUCGUUGUUGCUGCUGGGAUCGGAGGUGACUUAUCCGGAUGUGCCGUUUGCUGUGACUGCGAAGGUGAUUUUUUGCAAGCCGAGGAAUGACUAUAAGUUCAUAUGGCUUGUAGAAGGAUUGAACGAAUCAGCAGAAAUUGUGAGCACCAACUCAGACAUGCUGACCGUCCCAACUGGAAACCUAUUCCCGAACACAAGCUACAUCGUUGGCGUAUCAGUUGUCGAAUCUAGCACCGAAGCAAACAUCGUAGCGGCUAGGAUGAAGUUGAACGUUCUGAAACGUCCCUUGGAAGGCAACAUAUUUCCACGCAAUGCAACCACCGGGUUCGCGCAAUCCACUGAAAUAAGUGUGUUGUUCAAUGAUAAACAAGUGUCCAACGUUAAUUGGGCCUGUCUUGAUUCAUCCGGAGACGCGAGUUGUUCAGAAAAUUUACUAAUUUCGGAAAACCGUGCAACUAUUUCCUUCAUGAAAGAGUCUAAAUACACAAUCACAGCCUCAUACGAAGGCCUCCACUUAGACUCCAUCGUACAGGUUAAUCCAAAGUCAACGAUUACAGUAACAUUGCCAGUGCCACCUCCAACGUAUCUAAUCCCCGGCCAACGUUACGAAGUUCCGGCAGAUGUAAGCGGGCUUUUUCCUAAGUGCAUUUGCAAUUGGACCGUUGUGAUGGAAGAUGGGUUCGCUCAUUUUGAUCCUACAAAACUAGGCGACAUUGGUAAUAUUCAGAUCAACGACAUAGAGGAAAACUUCCUCUCGGAGCUGGUCGACUACGGGAAUGAUACAAUGACUCGUGAAGUCGCGUUGAUCAUUCCUGCUAAUGGUACGAGCUGGAACGGGCUGGCUCCUGACUCGUCAUACAAAUUCCGCCUGCUCACCCAAUGUCCUGAACCAAUCGAUGAUAGUGUUGAAACGAAAGCACCACGUGGAACAGUUACCAGUCACUGGGAUAUGAUUUUGGAAACCAACGCUCCACCGAAGGGAUUCCCCCUUGAGGUUGCACCCGACGGAAAUGGGACUGCCCUUAACACGUUUUUCACGUUUUCUACUGGGGUGGCAAAAGACCGAGAAACAGAUUACCCACUUAGCUACUCCUAUUGGUACUCCGUUGAAGGGACGUUGGUGAAAUUCGCCAGUUAUUACGAAGUAAUGUCCGCGGAAACGCAACUACCGUAUUCGAAGGACAAUAUUUCCACCUUCUUCGAAGUUUGUGACUCACGGAGUGCUUGUUCUCGAAUCGAUGGACCUAAGGUUUCCGUACUACCGAAUCCAACACUGAACGAAGAAGAUUUGAAUCAUCGAAUUGAUGCCAUUGAGAACAGUUUUCUACGGGGUAGUCUCGAAGAGGCAUUUAAAACCGCAUUCGACACUCUUGUAACGCUGAAAAACCAAGGCUCGAAACAGUUCAACAGCUUUUACACCAAAGUGAUGGCCAUUCUGGAAGUUCAAACUCCAUUGGCCCUUAAAGCGUUUGUCGAACGGUCGCGAUAUCUUCCGGCAUCAACGGUUCUUCAGUUCGCAAAGCACGUGAAGAUCCUUAUGGAUUUCGAUAAAAGUGGUUCCAAUGGUAUCUUACUGGAUCAACUGCUGAAGUUGAUCGACGCUGUCGAACAUGGUCCAGCUCGUGUAACUCGCCAAACGCAUUCUUCGCUUACAGCGCCCACCGCCGAAGUAAAGUUGGAUCUCUACGAAAGCCAAAUUGCAUCGAAUAAUGGAACGGAAGCAAAACGACAGCUGCUGAGUUACAUCCCGACGGCGACCCAGCAGUUCUGCAGCAACAAACAGCCUGGCUAUUCCGGAAAGUUUAUUGUCCUGGACGUGAAAAGAUGGAGUGCUUCGUCGAGAAAUCCGCUCCUGGACGGUAUUCAAAUUCCGGAUAACGUGACCAAUACCGGGCACGCGACAAUGAAGACAUCGGAAAUUCCAACGAUUAACGGUGCCACGAACGGGGUGGCGUACUUCUGCUUGGGGAAGGUUUGGCUCACAACGGAUCUACUCACUUCGAAACCGAUGGUGGAGAUGUUUCAGGCGCUGGUAUUGGCGGUCGACAAAAAUGAGGUCUGGAAGCUUGUGGAAUGGAAUGACGGAAGCUAUCAGUGGAACGUUUCGUUACCAAUUGGGAACUCGACUGGAAAUUAUAAGUGCGAAAUGAUGACUAAGGACCUUAUAUGGUCAGCUAACCUGUGUGAGAGUGUCCCUAGUGAUGGACUACUAUUAUGCAACUGUAGGCAGAUGAAUUUUCUCAGGGUUAUAGCCACUGACAUGAACGAAAUUUCUGUGACAACAACCUCAUUGACAACCCUAAUCGCCGCACCAGAUGAUACAACAACAUUGUCAACAACAGUAGAUCAAUCAACAAAAAUCGCUCCCAAUGAAAUGUUUACAUUUGCUCCACUGUCAACAAAUCCUACGCCUACAACAUCUACAACCACUCCAAUCCCACCAACCACAAUUUCGACUACACCAACUCCAUCGUUAACGAAGGAAACCACGGCAAGUCCCUCUACCGGGACUACUCCACCCACCACCACAAACACAUCAGCAUCUGCUCAACCACCCACCACCGCCGCUAACGCCUCAACCUCCACAAUCUAUCCAGUGAACACCGUCAACGGCCCCAACGGGACCUUACUGGACGUCGAUCAGCUAAUAGCGAACUUCAGCGGUGGUCACCUGGGCGGCAUAGGAGGUGGAGCGGGUCCGCUUGGGUACUCCAUCGUAGGUGCCCUGUUGCUCUGUGCCGCACUGACCGUGGCAGCUAUGGUCCUUUACCGCCGGCGGCGGCACACUACGUCCCUGACCGAAGAACUGCAAGGCAUUGUCAGCCGGGCACGGUCCCACUCGUUACCGGUGCGUUACGCCCGCUUUCAGGACGAGCACAACAUGAAUGGGGAUAAUGUGUCUACCAUUUCGGAUACGGUUACAAUUUGAAGGGAUUUUUUGGAACUAGGGAGGAGCAUAGGGAGGUUGUAUAAAUGUAACCCAGAUAAUGAUCUGUAAUUAUUGGUGCUGUUGUAAUUCGUUGUUUUUGUAUGAUCAUUUUUCAUAUAUUGUGCAUUUAUAAAUGAACAAAAUCUUUUGAUGCAUCUUUGUUGUAGUGUUUUUAGACUAAUAAAAUAUGAUUGCUUUAUGUUACAAACAUAUUGUUCCGUCUAGGACGAAAGUGCGAGAACAUUCUAGAAUCCGAAACCCAACUGCUCUAGAAGUCUCUGGAACCCUAUAGAACUAUUUGGAUGCGACAACUAUA